AUGUUCGCCGGCAGCUUCGAGGCCUGUGGCAAGAUCAUUCCAGUUUCGUACGUUCAGCAAGCUCAGAAUGCUAGAAAGAGCCGCGAAAAUCAAAUAAGAACAUUUCUGGAACACGUAAGUGAUACAAUAUUGGAUCAUGACUCCAACUGAAAUGAUAGCAAUACGAAGUUAGGCGCUGUACUGAGAUGUCUGCUGAAAAUGUUUGUUCUGAAAAGUUUUAAGUACGCUGUAAACGGUAUAUUGUCAGUGAAAAGUUUCUUUCUUUUGAGCAGUUUUAUAAUUUGUUUUAAGUACAUUCAAGAAUUGUCCAGCUGAUGAUAUUAAUUAGGAGGGGAGGGAGAAAGUGGAGGAAGCUAUGAGCCACAAAUUGUAGAUGUUUAGGAGCAUGAGGACGGAGCAUUGAGCAACAAUACAUUAAGCUAAAAAUAAUUCAAUAAAUUGCUUAUUUAAGCUUAUGUUCAGCAAGAAGGUGCUUUUAACGUGGACUAAAUCAUAUUUCAGUUGAAUAGAGCAGUAGUGGCUGGUUAUAAAUUGGCCAAAUGGAUGUGUUUUUGUUGUUUCAAACACAAAACAAUAAUCAUAAUCUCAUAAUGAGAUUGAUCAGAUCGAUCUCCAAUCGAUACUGAGAUCGCAUGGGGAGCUGUUCACACAGACGACUUCUAAGUAGUCAAAUAAUUUUUUAAGUAAGGAGGAUUAAUCCUGAGGCUGCAGGUCUCCAAGGAAGUUGCUUAAUUCUUUAAAAACUUAAACUCAUGCAUUUUUUUUCUUGGGCAGGGGAGGGCAGUCCUGACUUUUUACAGGAAUCAUUGUAGUUUUGCAAUUUGGCUUUUAGUUGUUUUGCCUUUGUCCAGCACUACUUCCGGUCCUGUCCAGGGAAUCCCUGUUUUGUUACAGCUUUAGCAAAGUUGAUCACCCCAAGCAGUGAUAAGAGCUCUUGUCUCAGACUCCGUACACAGUUCUCUUUUUUGAAGACAUUGCAACUUGUAAAAACAAAAGUCCUCUUGUGAGUUACAAGUUGCAUGAUACGCUUUGAUGACUCUCAAUGAGGAGAGGCUACAGAGCUAGAUCGCUUUCAGGAAAGUUCAUGUUCUCACUUUAAUAGCAUGGAACAAAAUUUAUAGAUCAUUCUUGGACCGAUCUCAGACUACCAUCUGAAGCGAUCCAGGUUUGAUCAAUCCCAGAUGUAAUCUCAGAAAAAUUGCAAACAUUCACAUUCAGCAUGUAUAAAAGCCAGAUCAAUCUAAGAUUGAUCUAGUCGCUAAGCAUGAACAGGGCCUAAGAUUGAUUGUUAAUUAAAGCCAGCAUUAACAGCUGUGAAGGCUAAUGGUUUUCAAAAACAGUUGUUGUAACAACUCGCAACACUGUCUCUUUCAAGCUCUAGCUUUAAGUGUCUUUUCCUGCCUUGUACUUCAUCCUGGAGAGUUUAGGAUCAUGUGGCUAGUGAUUUAGUAUCUUGGACAUGCAGUUACUUUCUCAUUGGGUGUCAGAGGUGCCAUAAUUUCUGGAUUAAAAGUGACGGGGAUGAUGAUGAUGAUGAUGAUGAUCGGAAAAUUCAACUAAUAUUGGAGUGUUUCGAGGGUGGUGAAACUUUGAUGACAAGUUUCAUGGUAAAGUUAAUGAACUAAAUGACUUGAAAGUGAGGGGACAGAGAUGUCUCCCAGAUACUACAAGUAUGACCCCAGCUAUUUUUAUGGGAAACAAAAGAAAAAUAGAGCCAAGUGAACAUUUUACCUGUUCAAUUCCCACCUGAUAAUUGCAUUUACCUGUCAACUUGAAAUCUUAGCAACAGCCUUGUUCUUGGAUUUAAGUUUGGUUUAGGGAAGUUUUUGAAAUCAUCCUCCUGAUUUUGAAUCUAGAGUCCUGUACAAGGGAUGAUACACUAAAAACAGUGAUUCAUCACCCAAGAUCAAUGUUAUGAGAGAUGUAACAGUAAGCAGUCAGAACUUCUUUUGGUGAGUUUCUAUCAUCUACAAUCGGCGACAAAAUCGGUGAGACAUUGUCCUCAAAUUGGGUAACUUUGAGAACAAAACAGUUCACACCCCUCUCCCCUCCCCUCCAUUCAAAGUUGAGGUGUUUGCUGUUUUCUAUAGGUAUCUCAAACAGCAGCACAACUUUACACAGAGGGGGAAGGGAAAGCUUUAUUUUCCCUUCUUAAGUAAGCAAAACGUUUGGGAGGCCCUUUAGAGCAGAAUUUCUCAACUAAUUUUGCUGCCAAUUGUAGUUUUUUCAAUGCUUUAUUAUUCUGUCUCUUGCUUUCGUUAGAGAAAAUGGCCACCAGAGGGUUGGGAUGAUAUCAGCAUUGAACUGCUUUUGCAAGAACUCUCUGUUAUGGACAGUAACAACUUUCCAGGUGUGGCAUGAGUAUGUUUUUAACCUGAAUUUUGACUUCUAACAUAUACAUGUAGAGCAUUUUAUUUGGAAUCAAAUUGGAUCUUCAAAACAAUAAUCAUAAAACUAGUUUGAAUGAAAUGAAAGAAAUGUGGAUGUUCUAGUUCAAGAAGAAAUUGAGGUUUUAAAAUAGUUUCUACUUGUACCUCAAUUUCUUUUGUCUUUAUUAUUAAUUUUGAACUACAAUAUGGAUUUACUUAUGAAGGCAGACUUAAUUGACUGUUUAAUAAUUAACAAUUAUCAAUUAUUGUUGAUUUCAGGUAAUGUUGGUGCAGGAGAAAGAGAAGGAAGGGUUAUUUCAUCACUGGUGUCAAGACGCCAUUUUAGGUAAUCUGCUACACAACAAGACUGAAAAAAUAAAAGUUACUAGGUUAAAAAAAUAUACCAUAUCAUGGCUGUUGACCAUAUAUAAGGAUGCAUGGGAACCCUAGACUUUCGAAAAGUCCUUGCUCCUAUUUUAUAUGGCCUGCAGGAAGAAUUACAGCGGUUACCACCAACUAAAAGUAGAUGUGGUUUAAAUCUUUGGAUAAUUCUUUUUUCAAGAUAUUAUUUUGUUAAACAAAAAAUGCAUUUUUUUAUAAAUGGCAUGUAAUAAUGAAAGUACCUUUAAAAGGGCUUUUUUUGAGUUAUACUCAACCACGAAAAUUAUACCUUCAAGGUUAGUUUGAGUCAGACUACAAAAAAUUCUCAGUGGAGAACUCUCGAAAUCAUAUCCAAAGACAUCCAAAAUUCUUUCCAAAAACAUUCCACAGAUUUCCAAAAAGUCAAACAAAAUUGUAGGUUUGGUAGAAAGUAGGAUCAUUCACAUGGACUCUUCUCUCCUUUGGAGAGUCAUGCCUGACCUGUGAUCAAGUUGUUCUUUUUUCCUUUUUCUUUCUUUGCCUGACAUUUUGCACUUUGCUGACUUUUCACACUCCCCCCAGAAAGAAGGAAAUUGGCUGAUCACAGGUUAAGUCAUGCCAUCAUCAUCCACAGACUUGCUGCCAAAGGUAACAGGAUGCAAAUAUUUUCUAUUCAUAAUGGGACAAAUUGCAAUAUUGCACAAUGACAUCGUUUUAUUACAACUACCAGAAUCCUUCAGUUUGUUUUUUUCUUGCGCAAAUUAGGGCUAUUAUUUUUUAAACCUCAGCAGAAAGCAAAGACGAUUCUGGUAGUUGAAGUCAAAUAUCGUCAUUGUGAAAAUGGGCUUUUGAGUCUGGAAGUGAUCAAAGCAUAACUGUAUCUGGAGUGAGUAGUGAUUAUUUUGCUCUCUCCUGCUAGGCUAAGCCAUGGUAUUGGUAGAUCUGGGGACAUAGCAGCAGUGCAACCUAAAGCAGCUGGCUCAUCUCUGUUGAUGAAACUCACCAACUGUAUGGCUUUAGAUGCUAUUAAAAUGGCAGGUAAGUUCCUUUUGUUAUCUUAACAUGGUGAAGUUGGUUUGAACAGUGGAACCCCACUCUAAGGCCACAUGCAUAAGAUGGACGAAGGACAAGCUGAAAUUUUAGUUUUUUCGAGCCCUGUAAACUAAAGGAACUAAAAAUUACUUUUUCGUAUAAGAAAACAAUGCAAUCCAUUCUUUUAUAGGGGUAAAGUCAGCAAAAGCCUGUCUUGUUUUGCCAGUGGCAACAGGUAUGAGUUUGGUAAUGACACUGUUGACAUUGAAACAGCAGAGGCCUGGUGCAAAGUGUGUGAUAUGGCCCAGAAUUGAUCAGAAGUCUUGUUUUAAAUGUAUCCUUACUGCUGGUAAGUGAUUAUAUUAGUUAGCUAGCAGUGUCUUCUUAUCUUGUUGAUAUGUUACCCAGCCAAUGUGCAAAACUCCAGGCUAUAGCUUCAAAGUGAAAAAAAGGCUUUUUCAAAUGAACCUUUUUUAGCAAGCUUGUUACUCAUGAAUUCUUUUCAAUCUCAGUAUUAAAUUUUUAGAAUUUUCCUGUCAUAAUUUUGUAAUUAUUUUGUUUUUCUUCUGUUUGUGAUCUUUUUAUAAAGCACCUUUGGGUUUUGGAUUUUGGUGCCAUACAGUGGAAGCUCUCGUGAGUAGACACCCUUGGGAAUGAAAAAGGUGUCCAUAUAACUGGAGCUAGCCACUUACGAGAAUGGUUACGUUCUUGUAUGUGAUCACUAGAGGUGUAUUAGGGUUAGAUGGCUGCUUACGGGAGCUUGCCCAGCUACAAGUAAACAUUGGAAAUGCAAAAAACUGACAAUUUGUAGUGUUUGGCUACACUGUUGUUGUGCCAGACAAUGUUGUAAUUUAGUCACUGGCCAGGGAUAAAAUUCAAGUGGUCUUUCGAGGUGUAACUGGGCAGAUGUGUAUUUGAAAAAACCAAAACUGAAACCAAUAUAAAGUCGUUGUAAAGAACAAUGGUUUCAAGUUGAUUUAUUUAAGUACAAGAUUCAUAGGAGACUGGGAUUUCAUUUCAGGUGGGAACUUGUGGGAUCUUAUAAACAAAGCCAAUAUAUAAGUUGUAAACCCUGAAAGUGUCCGUGGCAUCCGCUUAUAGGAAAUAAAUACACAGUUUGUAUUGGAGUUGAAACCAGGUUUUGUCAAAGUGGCCAUAAGUAGAGCUGUCCACUUACAAGAGUGUAUGUUACAAGAGCUUCAACUAUACAAAUACAGUUGAACUAGACUCCAUUAAGGGACCACCCUCAAGGUACCAGUAAGUGGCCACUUAAUGGAGGUAGGCUGCCAAAUAGAGGUUAGUCGGAAAUCAGAAUAGUCUUUUGCAAAAACAUCGCUUUAUUUUAAAACAAACACACAAUGGAAUGUGGCAUUACUAGUACACAUCAUCUUCCAUCUCAAACUAUAUUUUCCUUCAUCAUAAAGGUGUCAGCUUAAUUCACAUUUGUAUUCUACAAUUAUUUGGGGACUUCGAUUACUGGCCACUUAAUAGAGGGUGGCUGUUUAAGAGGCCACUUAAUAGUUUACUUAUUAUUAUCACCGUGUUCUCUUACCAGGAUUUGAACCUGUCAUUAUUGAAAAUGUUUUGGAGGGUGAUGAACUACGAACAGAUCUUGCAGCUGUCGAGAAGAAGAUCAAAGAUUUGGGUUCUGAAAAUAUUGUCUGUAUUAUGACCACUACCAGCUGCUUUGCUCCAAGAACACCAGACAGGUGCUGGAAAAAAAAAUGUUCUUUAAAAGCAUUCAUUCUUUAUUAUGAUCUUGUUACUUUUUAAGUGCGUCACAAAUGAUUACCAGAUUUUGCAUUCAAGGUUGGAAGAAGUGGCCAAGCUUUGCAAGGAACAAGAUGUACCACACAUUGUAAACAAUGCCUAUGGGGUACAGUCGUCCAAGUGCAUGCAUCUGAUUCAACAGGUACAGUCUGUCAGUUCACAUUCUCUUGAGGCAGAGAUGUACCUUAAAAUAUGGCAGAGUUUAUAACCAGCUGUUUGAAUGAAAAUUAAUUUUGUUUCGUUGAGAGGUGGUGCAUGGCUUCAAUCCUCUUGUCCAAAUUUCUUUUUUGCAGUUUUGAUACCUUCAGUUGUAUUUGCUAACAGUACACUAUGUUCUUGUUGGUGUGUGUAAAAACACACCUGGUAUAAAAAUGGCGUCCAAUUUUACCAUUCAAAUUAAACUUCUUUGACCAAACAUUUGUAUAAUAAAUUCAGACUUUGCUACAAAAUAAUUGGAAUUUUUUGUGAUUUUUUGGGUUGAACAUUGGCCGCUAUUACAAUGCAGGAGUGAAGGGGUUAAAGUAAUGUUGUCAUUCUCUCUACCACAGGCAGCAAGGAUAGGCCGUGUGGAUGCAUUUGUUCAAAGCACUGAUAAAAACUUCAUGGUUCCUGUUGGGGGAGCUAUUGUGGCAGGAUUUGAUGAAAAAUUUAUCGAUGCUGUCAGUAAAACAUACCCCGGUGAGUGAGGUACAGUAAAGAUUGUAUUACUUUUGGAGUGCCAGUUAAGAUAUUAAGUGGCUAUUUCUCACACAUCACGUGGGUGGCUAUUUCUCACCCAUCACUGGUAGCCAUGCCAAGCCGACUGCCGCAACAAAAGCAACUGCCCGCCUUUUGGUCACAUGAUAUAUACCCAGGCCCCUAGCGGUGUGUAAGAAAAACAUUUUCCAUGUAUUUUAUUACACUCAGCCACUGGAAAAUUACCUGUAUGAGAGUUUAAUCACAUCCAAAGCUAAAUUCCUUAAAAAGCACCCAAGUUCUUUCUACGUCAAACCUAGCUUUGUUUGAUGUGAAAUUUUAUUUGAAUGACAGGUCGAGCAUCAGCCACUCCUUCAAUUGAUCUGUUUAUCACUUUGCUGUCUCUUGGAUCAGCUGGAUAUCAGCAGCUCUUGCAACAACGAAAGGUAAGGCUGCAUGGCAUGGAGGCCAGACCGAUCAAGUAUAGUCAAACCCCACAUGACCGACACCCGGUCAAUAUGGACACCUCAUUAUUACGGACAGUUUGCUUUGACCCUAUGGAAAGAAGGCCCUUACGUUUUCUUUAAAUUCAACCCGCUUAUUACAGACACCUCAUUAAUAUGGACACCUUCUAUGGUCCCCUCAGUGUCCAGGUUAAUAGGGUUUGACUUGACUGAUCUUUGUGGUUCUGUUAUGUUUCACAUAAUUUGAUGCACUAUCUGACAUCAGUCAGCGCUCAAGUUAGUUGGUCAUCAGUGAGAAGUUAAAUGAGGCUUAAAUGUAAUUUAGGUGAGGUUAAACACAAGACAGAUAUGCUGGCCAGCGGUCUCCAUCACUUAUCAUAUAUGGGGCUGUCUUUGGGCAUUUGCAAGGCUCUAGUAAUUUUACAGCUCUUUUACUGAGGUCAAUAUUUCGCUCAUGUUGUCUUUGUGUGCAGCCUCUAAAGGGAAAGGUAAAGCAACCAUAUUGUACGUCGAUAACUCGUGAUAGUAAUGACUGAUAAACUUGAGGUCACAGUGACAGUGCACUCAUUUCACCCCCCUCUCUCCAUCACUCUUCCGUUUUAAGGGUAUUUAAAGCUAGUCAAAGCUACAUCGAAAAGAGAGUCUAAGUCAUGUAUUUGUCAGUCAGUCAGUCAGUCAGUCAGUCAAUUAUCAGUGACUCAGUAAUCACUUUAUCAAAAGUGAGUUAUUUAUUUCUUUAGUCAGUUGUUAGUCAUUCAUCUGUCAGUAAGUCAAUUCAGUUUUCACUGUUCAUUUGCAGUCAGUCAGACAAACAGAGAAACAGACCAUCACGUGAUGUUCAGGUUAAUUAACCGUCAUUCAGUCGGUGAGAAAUUGUUAGUUUUUUGUCCAAAAUGUUUCACUUGAGAUUUGAAAAUACUUUUUUUACACUGUGCGGAUGCAAAUGAAUUAGGCUCAGUCUCCACCCGUAGUGUAGGUGUCUCAAUGCGCCCGCGAUUCUCCCCACCUCGUGACACCCACGGCUCAAUGGAGACUGAGCUUAGGGUGCAAUCAGCAGGGAGCUUAAGUAACGACGACGCCGAUGUCAACGAGGACGGCAAAAAAGCAAUAGCUUUAGAUAGGCAAAACAACAACUUUGCACGUGCAACACGCCUUUGUGUACAUUUCUUUAUCGUCACUGCACGAAGGACCUAAAGAUGCCUAAAUUCACGCUUUGUGGAGGAAAUCGAUACAGUCUUAUAGAAUUCACAUCCAGCACAAAUUGCCAACAGUUGAGCAACUGAAAAGUUCAAAGUUUGAAGCAGCACGAUUUCACUUUUAAGUGACGUUUUCGUAACCGUCUCUGCCAUUGUAGUCUGCUACAAAGCUGUUUUUAGUGUCGUCACGCAACGCUCCCUCCCCCCCCCCCCUUGCUCGGGGGGGACUGUCCGGGACGACUAGUUAUAAAAAAUACAAACAACAAAAAAAUUCCACAAAUGGAGGAAAAUGAAAAUGUAAAAUUUUUAACCCCACACUUUUCCUUUUUAAUGUGGGUUUUUUUAACCCCUCUCCCCUUUGUGUUUUUUCCAGAGGGUUUUUUUUUUGGCUCACCCCAACCCCCCCCCCCCCCCCCCCACUUAGUGGGGAGGAGCGUUGCGUGACGACACUGAAAACGGCUGUGUGGCAGACUACUGUCAUUGUGGCUUAAGUUGAAACAGAGCGAAUUCCCGUUUUAAGUGACGUUUUUGUAGCCGUCCCCGUCCCCGUCCCCGUCCCCGUCCCCGUCCCCGUCCCCGUCGCCUUCGUUUUUGCUUAAGCUGUGUAAUAUUAUUUUACUACUCUUAUCGUAAUCUUUUCUUUCCAUUUAUUAUCCUCUUCAGGAAGUAUACAGUUACUUGUCGGAUGGCCUUUCCAAGGUAGCAUUAACGCAUGGAGAGCGGCUACUGAGUACUAAAGGCAAUCCCAUAUCACUGGGUAAGGCGGCUAAUGUCUUAUGUUGUCCUUCUACUUCUUGUUUCUUAUUUUUCGGCACUGAUUAGACUAACUUGCUCCCUUGUUCAUAUUCCAGCCAUUUCACUUGAGAAAGUCACAAAGGGCCUGGAAUUGAAUGCGGCCGGUGUUACUCAGCUUGGGUCCAUGCUGUUUACGAGAUGUGUUUCAGGAGCAAGGUAAGUCCUGGGUCAGACGCCGUUCUUUACAUUAACUGAAUCGGUUUGUGCUGUAUUAGCGUAGUGUAACGCGGUUGACUUCGAAGAUGAGUUGAAUUAAACUUAUCAGAGAUUAAGGUGCAAAAGUUAUUGAAAACUUCUCUCCACUCAUGAUUCUGAUUCUCAUUACAUCUAUGCCUCUAAAGAGGAUCCUGAAUGUUGACUUAUCUUAUUUGCCGAAGUGUACAGAAUAUUUUUACAGAUUUUGAAAACAGAACCUGUUUCAAAUUUUAGGCUAAACAAGUUCUUGUAUAUAGGGGACCUAACUAGCGAAUGUCAACCUAAUAGGAUCUUAAAAACCAGGUUCUUACUCGCAGGUUAUACUGUACGUGUAGCGAGGGUGAAAGUUGUUUCAACCAAUUAAAAGCUCUUAAGGAGCACGUCAUCAGUAUUAUAUAGAAUUUCUGGGUUCGUCCCUCAUACGUCGUUUCGCGUGGGAACCUAAAAGUGGCGUCGCGAAAUGUCGGCUAUGUUCUCAGGCUCACACCUUGGGCUCACGCUAAAGUAAGGAUUCAGGAACCUGAUGACAGUAAUAAGCAAAGUCUAAGGAUGGGCGACAACUAGCCUGCCUAGCAAGCAUUUCCGUGUGGUUUCGGAGCAAAGAAAGACCGAGGAAUGGACGGCGCGAUUUUUGACUCUCGUUCCUCGUUCUUCGCUCCGAAACCGCACGGAAACGCUUGCUACGCAGGCUUGGUGACAACUUAUCAAAGGUUGAGUUGGGAAAGGUCGUUGAAAAGAGGCUUUUAACUCAGCUCCAAAUGAGCCGGCACGCUGUGAACAUAGCGAAAACAGUGCAAACUAAUCCUUAUCGAAUUUACAUUGCAGAGUAGUUUCCCCUGAUAGCACAAAGGAGAUCAACGGUUACGUCUUCACUGGCUGGGGUGCGCAUGCUCAACACUACCGCUGUGCUUACCUUACUGCAGCCGCGGCGAUAGGGAUGACGAAAGCGGAUGUGGACACGUUUCUGAAGCGACUCGACAAAUGUUUAUCGAAAUUCAGUGCUAAAGAAGUAACUGUUUUGGGGAGUAUUGAAAGUGGUGACCAGGACGAACAGAAGCCGAGGGACGGAAAUGAAAAUGGCUUACAAAAGAUAGCGGACAAUGAAGCUGCAGAUAAUUCAACAGUGAACAGAUAG